AACUUCCCUCCUCAGUGUACUGUCCUGACAGAGCAGGGUGUGUUUGAUUUUUGUCUCAGAGCAGGAUGUGUUGUGUUGUGAAGCGUGCGGUGCUGCUGCUGCUGCUGGCGGCGGUGAUCGGCUCCGACCCGGUGCCGGUUCCUGAAGACUGUGAAGGUCUGAAAACACCGCUGCCAUCUAAAGACCUGCACAAGGUUUUCGGGGACUGGGUUCUGGUCUGGUCCAUCGCAGACCAUCCGCAGGGCUGGGACCUGCUGCCAAACGUUACCAGCUCCCAUGUUGAGCUCCAGCUCCUCGCCGACAACAAAACCAUCGUGUUCACCGAGAGGAACUUGUACACUGAUAAGUCAUGUGCCACCUACGUCAUCAACAUGUCGAUGCCCUCUGACCCCUCCGACUCCGAGCACCACACACUGCCCACCGAGUCUGCAACGGUGGAGAAGGACGGAGUUGUUCAACCCUACAACGACUCAGGUGUAGUGGAUGUUUAUGAGAGCUGCGCCGACUGUCUGGUUGUGAUCUACAAAAACAUACAUGGACAAUACCUGCUUAUCUACAGGAGGGAGGGGCAUCAUUUGGACGCUGAGCAGUUGAAAGCCGACCACGGUCAUCACAGGAAACAGGCCGAGUGUCUGGGACUCCCUCACGACAAACCGUUCAUCUAUGACGGAGCUGCAGAUUUUUGUCAUAAGAAAUCUUCUCCAGAACGAGCGGUGCUGCUGCUGCUGCUGGCGGCGGUGAUCGGCUCUGACCCGGUGCUGGUUCCCGAGGACUGUGAAGGUCUGAAUAAACCACUGCCAAGAAAUGACCUGCACAAAAUUUUUGGGGACUGGGUUCUGGUGUGGUCCGUCUGUGACCCUCCAAUAGCCUGGUACGAGGAGUCACAAAUUAAGAGUUCCCACGUUGAGUUCCGGCUCCUCCCUGACAACAAAACCAUCGUGUUCAAUGAGAGGAACCUUCUUGUAGGUAAUUCCUGUUCUAACUUCAUCUUCAACAUGUCUGUGUCCUCUGAGCCCUCCCACAACCACACACUGCUAACGGACGCUGCCACGAUGGAGGUCGAUGGAACUGUGCAGCCUUUCAACUACACAGGUGUACUGGAGUUGUACGAGAGCUGCCCUGACUGUCUGGUUAUGGUCAAUAAAGGCUCCAUAUUUGGCCAAUUCCUGAUGAUUUACAGGAGGGAGGGGCAUCAUUUAGAUUUUGAAAAGUUGAAAGCCGACCACGGUCAUCACAGGAAACGGGCCGACUGCCUUGGAUUCUCUGACAGUAAACCAUUCAUCUAUGACGGAGCUGCAGAUUUUUGUCAUAAGAAAUCUUCUCCAGAAGUGAAGCAGGAGUCCUGAGUGAAGAUGAUGUUACAAACCAACAUCUUGUUGAAUCAGAAAGUGUCAACUUGUAUCAGAAAAGUUAUUCACAAAUAAAGUAAGAGCAGGUUCUGAA